GCGCCGAGGGCGUGGCUUUGGCGGACAGGGUCCGGAGGGCUGGAAAAGCUGGCGCUGGAGUUCGACCUGGAGUAGCUCCCGGGGCGCUCGGGCUCCAGGUGGGCGAGGUGGUCGUGGCCCCGGGGACGCGACUGCCAGUGACACGCACGUGCGAGCAGGCGAGUGUCGGUCUGAAUCCCAAACCCGGCCACCUGUCCCUAGCCUGGUGACCCUGGGCUCGUCUCUGCCUCUGGGGAUCUCGUUUGAGUGCCGGCUGUCCUGCUUCAGCCUCGUAGAUUCGCAUCAGGGUCAGCAGUUUCCGUGUACCCUGCGCUGCUGGAGGCACCUGCUAGGUGCUCACCGCUGGGUGUCACGUGGCUGUCGCCGCCCACGACGUCCUCAGGAGCCAGCGUGCUGAGUGCAGUGUGCACAGGGUGAGGGGCAGGCACGCUGCCCCCCACACAAGAUCUGACCAUGGCAGGGUGAGAGGGAGCCAAGGGCGGGCUGCUCUCCACAGACCCCUGGGAAACCAUAAGAUACAGCGGCCAUAGGGAUCUUCCCUGUGGCACACUAUGAUGAAAAAAUGUUCCGGAAAGGCAAAAAGCGACACAGCAGCAGCAGCUCCCAAAGCAGCGAGGUCAGCACAAAGAGCAAGUCCGUAGAUUCCAGCCUCGGGGGUCUCUCGCGCUCCAGCACUGUGGCCAGCCUCGACACGGACUCCACCAAAAGCUCAGGGCACAGCAACAGUAAUUCAGACACCUGCGCAGAAUUCCGAAUAAAGUAUGUCGGUGCCAUUGAGAAACUGAAAGUCUCCGAGGGAAAGAAUCUUGAAGGACCACUCGACCUGAUAAAUUAUAUAGAUGUUGCCCAGCAAGAUGGAAAGUUGCCUUUCGUCCCACCAGAGGAGGAAUACAUCAUGGGGGUUUCCAAGUACGGUAUCAAAGUCUCAACAUCAGACCAGUAUGCUGUGCUGCACCGGCAUGCGCUCUACCUGAUCCUGCGCAUGGUGUGCUAUGACGACGGCCUGGGCGCGGGCAAGGGCUUACUGGCUCUCAAGACCACGGACGCCAGCAACGAGGAGUACAGCCUGUGGGUCUACCAGUGCGGCAGCCUGGUGAGGGCCGUGGCCCGGGGUCCCCAGCCCCAGCUCCAUGUUCUGCUGAGGGGAGCAAGCACAAGCCAUCUGCAAGGUUCUGUCCAGUGCGUUUGACUCCGUGCUGACCUCGGAGAAGCCCUGACCCUGCUGCCUGCGGUGCCAGUGGCCGGCUACUUUCCACACUGUGCCUCAAAUCCGUAACCUGAGCUCGUAGGGAGGCAGGGACAGCACCCCAGUCUCACAGACACCUGUCAUUUUUUAAAUAUUGAAAUGCACAAUGAGUUAACCCUCAGUGGGCUAUUUUUAGGGAUAAAAAGAAAUCCUUGAGGCUGGGGAUAUAGCUCAGUGGCACAGCACCUGCCUGGCAAGCAUGAGGUCAUGAGUUCAAUUCCCGGUACCAAAAAAAAGAAAAAAAAUUCUCAUUUUAAAAUGCAAGUAAGUGCCACAAAAGUUCAUUCCAAUCACACUGAGGCCCUGAGGAUGACAGUGAAACUGCCCGUGUGGCCACAGGUUGGGCUGCAGCAGUGAGGGACACCAGCAACCUGAGUCCCGUGGAGGAAGUUUUCACUGUCAGGGUGGAAACCCUGGUGCUGGAAGCAUCGUAGAUGUCCCCUCAUGCUAGCAGUCAGUAUUUGAAGGAUCUCAUGGACAGCACACUAGGGUAUGCUUUUUUUAAAGAAAGGAUAUCAACACUUUGGGUUUUUUUUUGUUUUGUUUUGUUUUUUGUCUUUUGGUACCAGGGACCAAACUCACAGCCUUGCACUUACCAGGCAGGUGCUUCUGCCACUGAGCUAAAUAUCCGAGUCCCAUAUCAAUACUUUAAAGAUUAAAAACAGAAUUAAAACCAUGUCCAUUUAAAAGUACUUUAUUUUUCUUCUAGUCGAAUGACUAGUUAACGAGGAGUAAACUUUAUUAGACAUGCUCUAAUUAUAAAUCACUGCAUUAGGAACAAUGAAAAUAAUCAAUUUCGGUUAUACAAUAUAUACAGUUGCGCUGCACCUAGCCCGAAGUCAUUGAGUGAGUGGACUGAAUAUAAUACAUCUCCAACAGCGUCGCCCGGGCCACGCAGCAAGCCGCCCACCUGCCACCGCGGCCCCUCAGCCAGAGCCCCGGAAAUGGCACAGAGAUGGCAGAAGCCCGCGCUGAAGUUCAUGAAAUGUAAACUUCGAAUAUAAAUAUUUAUCUACAA